GCAACAAGCAGCUGCAGGAGCAAAGUGGACCCUUCUGAAAUUGAGCGACAUGUCUUUCUUCACGAGAGUUUUGACGAUGAAGGGCAAGCAGACGCUUGAAUCUGAGAGAACUUACUUUUACCACGCGGUUUUUGCCAGCAGGUUUCACCAGCUGCCCAAACUUUGCAGCAGCCCGUCCCUGGAGGUGCGGAACAACCCGCCCGCGGCGGCGGGGAACAAAGGCGAGGCGGCGGUGGCAGCGCCGGGGCGCGCCGGGGAGCUGCGGGGGCCGGCCCGGGAGCUGCGGGAGCCCGCACCGCACCGGCUCGGCAGGGUCAAGAGCCUGCAAGAAAUGCCCGGACCCAACACCCUCUACAAUCUCUACGAGUUUUUCUGGAAGGACGGCUUCGGCCGCAUCCAUGAGAUCCAGCAAAAACACACUCAGGAAUAUGGAAAGAUCUUCAAGUCUCACUUUGGUCCCCAGUUUGUUGUAUCCAUUGCAGAUCGAGAUAUGGUUGCUCAAGUCCUCCGAGCAGAAGGUAGAGCACCACAAAGAGCUAACAUGGAAUCCUGGCAGGAGUACAGAGACUUACGAGGGAGAGCCACGGGACUUAUUUCUGCGGAGGGAGAGCAAUGGCUAAAAAUGAGAAGUGUACUGAGGCAAAAAAUUUUGAAACCCAAAGAUGUGGCUGUUUACUCUGAAGGAGUCAAUGAAGUUAUCAAAGACUUAAUUAAAAGAAUCCACACCCUCAGAAGUCAAGAGGACGAUGGGGAAACAGUGACCAAUGUUAACAACCUCUUCUUCAAGUAUUCAAUGGAAGGUGUGGCAACUAUUCUGUAUGAAUGCCGGCUGGGCUGCCUGGAAAACAACGUCCCACAGCAGACUGUUGAAUAUAUUGAGGCUCUGGAGUUGAUGUUUAGUAUGUUUAAGACCACUAUGUAUGCAGGUGCUAUUCCCAAAUGGCUUCGUCCGCUUAUUCCAAAACCCUGGAGAGAGUUCUGCAGAUCCUGGGAUGGACUCUUCAAAUUUAGUCGAAUCCAUGUCGACAACAAAUUGAAGGCUAUUCAGUCCCAGCUGGAUCAAGGAGAAGAAGUGAAUGGUGGGCUACUUACAUACCUCCUAGUGAGUAAGGAACUUAAUUUGGAAGAGAUCUAUGCCAAUAUGACUGAAAUGCUUCUGGCAGGAGUGGACACAACUUCUUUUACUUUGUCCUGGGCAACGUACCUGUUGGCAAAGAAUCCUGAGGUUCAACAACGUGUUUAUGAAGAAAUAGUCAAUAAGCUGGGGAAGGACCAAGUGGCUGUUGCUCAUGAUGUCCCAAAAUUACCUUUAAUUAGAGCAGUGCUGAAAGAAACCUUGAGGUUAUAUCCAGUAUUGCCAGGAAAUGGAAGAGUCACCCAAAAAGACUUGGUCGUUGGAGGAUACCUGAUACCUAAAGGGACGCAGCUGGCACUCUGUCAUUAUACCACUUCAUACAGUGAAGAAAAUUUCUCAAUGGCAAAUGAGUUUCGACCUGAGCGCUGGCUGAGGAGAGAUAAUUUGGACAGAGUAGACAAUUUUGGUUCCAUCCCCUUUGGUUAUGGCAUUCGAAGUUGUAUAGGAAAAAGAAUUGCAGAGCUGGAAAUUCAUCUUGCAUUAAUUCAGUUGCUUCAGAAUUUUGAGAUCAACAUUUCUCCCAAAACUGAACCAGUUCAUGCCAAAACACAUGGACUUUUGACUCCUGGAAACUCCAUCAAUGUGAGAUUUUCUGACAGAAAGUGAGACUCAAAUGUUUUGGAAAUACUUGUUUGAUUUUCAUGGGAACAGACUUGCAUCUCAUGGAUGUUUAAUUAUGCUUGUUCUUGGUUUGUAGGUAUUUCACAAAACAAUCAAAUAUUUUGUUCUGCCUUAGUUCUAGCAGUACAUAAGAGAAAUUACCUCUCCUUUAAUAGAUAAUUACACAUAUGAAAAAAUAUACUGAAAAAAAUUCCUUCUUGCACUGGGAAUCUCCUUUCACCUGGAAAGAUUUCUAGUAAUAGCAACACGUGCAUUGAAAAAAAACCCCAAAUUAAAUUCAGACAUACUGGUAUCAUUCGGUGGUUUUGUUACACUGCUUUCUCAUAAAAGUCAACUACUCAGUGAGUCUGUUUGAGAGCAAGAGGAUUACUGUACCAUAUGUGAAAAUUAGCUGCAUUUAUGAUUUUGUGUCUUUCUGUUUCUUGUCCUCCAGUGUUUUUUAAAAGUUCCCACCUACAUUGAAACUAUGAGGUCAUUUCUGUCUUGUCUGUAAAAAUUUACCCCACAUGUAUUAAAAAAGCAAUACAUUAAUGUGACAAGUAAAGAGAAAAAAUACACUCAAAAUACAGAACAACUAAAAAUUUAUCAAAACAUAAUCUCCAUAAAAUGUUUGUAUAUAUUUUUUUAAAAAAAAUAAUCUUAUAAAUAAACAUUGAAAUGUCACAUUGUAGAGUUAGGAACCCAAGACAAUGUCCUCAUCACCAAAGCGUAAGCUGAGUGGAAUAGCACAAGCCACUUUCACUGUUCUAGCUAAUACGAUGCCAAACCCAAAUGCAAAUAAUAAAAAUGAAGUAGUUGUUGCAUUUUUAUCAUUUAAUUAAAAUACUGCUAUUAACUAUCUUCACAGUUCAACAGUAAGAACUGGAAACUUCCCUUUGUAACAUGCUGAACCCAUAGGCAGAUGCACAGCUGCCUUCUGUAGGAUGGAAAUGUGACUGCUGAAGUAUUUGGAGAUUUUUUUACUAUCUAGUGUCUAAUACAAAGAAUGGACACCUGAAAGGUGGAUUUUUUAAUUAUUAUUGUAUUUUUCCUAUGACAACUAACAGAAAGGUCUCUCUUGCAUGAUACUUUAGAUAACUUUAGUAUCACUGCAUUAUCCUUAUGUUCUCAUUUUUGAGAGAAACCUUGUGCCUUGGGUGUAUGUUAUGCCUUGAACAAUGCUCAAACCUGCAUAUUCUAAUAUGAAAUUAACUAUGUAGUUAUGUAUAGUUAACUGUUUACAUGUCAAGCUCUGACUGUUUGUGAGGUAGUUUACCUACUGAUAAUCAUAAACUUUUCAGCCAACAUGCAGAGUUAGAAAAAAGUUGUGCAACACAGUUUUUAAAAAGAGAACAUUUUUCUAAGCUCAUCUAUCUGUAAGAAGUCAAAUUAAAUAACACACUGUAGUUAUACUAGUGUACAUGAAAUUCCACAUAUCUAACUACUACAGUCACAUUGUUGUAUUUUGGUUACUUUUUGUAGUGCCUUUUCAAGGUCUGGACAAAAGACAACCAAAGCAAUCUCCUUUGUAUGGAUCUUGUAUAUAAAAUAGUAACAAUAAACAAAAUUGGUCUCAUCUGUGAGAAGAUUAAAUGCUAACGUGAUGACUUUAAAAUGUUAAUCUGUAUCGAGCAUAUAUAGGUACUAUAAGAAAAACAGGUAUAUCUGUGGAGGGUUUUUUCCUUGAAUGAGCUUGCUUUCUGAUGCUGUUUUCCAGGGCUUCACAUUAUUCCCUUUUUUUCCUUUCCCAUUAUUAUUUCCAGUUGUCCCUAUCUUAAAUAGAAUGAAGAGAGCUGUAUGUGCCAGAGCCAGCUGACAUCCCAAAGGAGGUGUUUUGCAAAGGUCUGUCUAAAAGUCUGCGGGUUGAGUAUUUGACUCCACAACUCUGCCUGUUUUUGUUGACUUGGGGACCAAGAGGCCCAAGCCUUGAAUCCAAAUUUGGAUUCUGUAUGGUGCCCUCUUUUUGCAUUGCCAUAGCAUCGCUAGAAACACCAGCCUCUGCUAUGUUGCAGUACAUUUGCUUCUUGGUAUCAGUCCCAAGCAAUACACCACUGUAGAAAAGGGAAGAGGCAUUCUAAAAUGCUCUUUAAAGCAUUUGAAUCUUUUCAUGGAAACCAAAAGUCUGUGAUCUGUUUUAAUACAGCAUCUA